CUAUAGGUAUUCAAAAAAAUAUAGGCCUCAAAAAAUUCAUAUGUAUUUUGCAAUAACAAAUGGACUGCCGGUCAAGUGCAGGGCAAUCUAAAGAUUAUCUGUAGAUAAAUUGUAUACAAAUGUCAUGAAGACUGUAUAAGGAGAUAUACAGUAAAAAGGUUCACCUUCAACUGCUCAUAACUUCUGAACCAGUGGAUUCCUCGCCUGAAAAUCAGCAUUUUCGGAUUCCACUCGCCAAAAUCUACAGGUUCAGGUGAAAAAAAACUUAAAAAUUUUAGGUCCGCCAAAGUAAAGUUUAACCUAAAAUACCAAUAUUUGGAAAAUACUGUAAUUUCAAAUAGGCGUGUCUUUUUUGCCCGCUACUUUUAAAACGUUUGUCUCUCCGGCUGAUCUUCUCAAACAAUACGUUUCUAACCACACCGCUUUCGACAGUACUAACGUCUUCCCUGGUCGCCAUUUGGGGUAACGCAAGCGUUCUGUCAUGGAACAGGAAUCGUUUCACAACGCGUGAUUCCAGUCAAGAGGUUAUCCACAUUCGACCUGGGACCAUUUGAAUUUGUCUUGAGGUAACUGUUUAAGCUACAGGUGAUCGUAGUUGAAGGAUCGUUUUCGGUAGCAAGUAUCACCAACGGUGUGACAAAGUUGCACUCGGUAAUCGUCAGGAAUUAUGGGACCUAGGAGAUGUAAGGUAAAAGGAUGCAAAUUUGAAGAUGCUCGAUUGAGAGAAUUCCCUGGUUCGUUGAAAGAUAAGGAACGCUGUCUAAAAUGGAUAGCGGCAUGCUGUAAUCCAGAAGUAACCCUAGAGAAAAUAAAGAAUGCCAAGAUUUGUGAUGCACAUUUUGAGAAACGUUACAAAUUGUCAACCCAUUUGAGUAGGACAGCAGUACCGACUCUGUAUUUGCCAGAGCCUCUAGAUAUCCAAUGUUCGGUCCAAGAAGAAAUAGAAGUAAUGGAGACGAUAGAAAUUGUAACUACAGAGACACACAUUGAUACUCAUGGACACAGGAGUGACAGGGAGGACACAACAGAGAUCACACAGAAAACUGCAGAAGUCAUGGAGGAAACUGCAGAGGUCACAGAGGAAACUGCAGAGGUCAUGGAGGAAACUGCAGAGGUCACAGAGGAAACUGCAGAUGUCAAAGAGGAAACUACAGAGGUCACAGAAGAAAUUGCAGAUGUCACAGAGGAAAUUGCAGAGGUCACAGAGGAAACUGCAGAGGUCACAGAGAAAAUUGCAGAGGUUAUAGAGGAAACUGUGGUACCCAUUACUGCUGAAGAACUAAUGGAAAGAGAAAAAGAAUUAGCAUUGCAGCGGUUCUGCACGACAAGAAGGGAGGACCUGCCUGGUGAGAUGAAGCAGAAAUUAUCAUAUAGCGCCAUAUACGAACUACGAAGACAAAAUAGACCACCUUCGAAAUGUAAGGUAAAAGGAUGCGAAUUCGAAGAUCGGCGAAUGAGAGAAUUCCCUAGUGCUACAAAAGAUAGGGAACGCCGCCUGAAAUGGAUAGCGGCAUGCGGUGACCCAGAUUUGAUUACAAGUAUACCAAAGAGUGCAAAGAUUUGUGAUCUUCAUUUUGAAGACCGUUAUAAAUUGUCAACCCAUUUGAGUAGAACAGCAGUACCCACUCUGUAUUUGCCAGAGUCUAUAAACGUACAGUGUUUAGCACAACACAGUGUGACUACGGAGAAACAUACUGCAAAGUUGAGCUAGACAUAGCCAAGGAAGUUUCACUCCAGAUCUCAACGCAGUUUACAAAGACUGUUUCUCGUUUCGCACUCUUCGUUGACUAUCCUAGGACAACAGCAUGUACUACUCGGCGCGGCUUAAGUCGAACUCGUCAGACAAUGAGAAACGGCAUAUUAUACCGGCUAUCAAGGUGUCUAGAAAAAAAGUACGGGCGUCAACGACCAACGCAGUUUUCAACGCAUUCACGUCGCAUCAUAGCUUAAGUAACACGCUCGUCAUACGAAAAUAGUCCUACAGCUGAUGAUGAAUUCAAUCGGCUUAAUAAAGAUAUGACACACCGGUCAUCAUCGUGUACAAUGUAGACUUAUCUUACGAAGAAAAAACAUCCUUCGCUGACCUAAUCUACCUGUAAACAACAAAAGAAAGGAUCGACGCCGCUAACAUUUACGAAAAAUUCCACGCUACUUGUAGAUUUGGGAGUCUUUAUAACCUCAUCAAGAAUGUCAUCUUCACUUAGAGAAUAUUGUUGAAGGAUUAUAAUUCAUAAUGUUGCAUAUUUCUACAAAUGAAAGAAUGAAAUACAUUACACAUCAAUGAUGCAUUAUAGAUGUAUAUAUAAAUUUAGUAGAUGAGUUGUAUAAUAGCUUAUUGGAAGUGCAAUGUAUAAUAAUGUAUAAUUUCUCUGUAAGUUAUGUAACUUAAGCAAAUGGACCUGUGUGGACCUACACUGGUUCGAAGCCUUUAAUAAACAUUUAUUUAAAAUUAA